AAGAUUCUAUUUUUACUGUACUGGAAAUGAAGGAUAAUUCAUUGCAUAAAUCAGUUAUUGAAGCAUGGUACUUUAUUGUGAAGGACGGAAGUAAGAUCCGGUAGUUUUGACAGCAUUGAUGGGACUUUCUUUAGCUAACUGUCUAUGGACUUAAUGCCAUGCAUAGACCAAUAAUAUUAAUAAAUAUACAGUCUGUGGUUAAUACCUAACAACGCCCAGUGUUUACAGCGAGGAGAUAGCGGUGUCCGGCCAGGGGUAGCGUUAGCGCAAGGCUACCGGCGAUAGUGUACUUUUACACCUGCUUUUGUAAAGUAAAAGCUAAAGUAAACAGUUAAAGUAUAUAACGCUACCGAAGAAAGAAAGUAUCCUCUUUUUAUUCUUCGGGGGGGUAUUUUUAGGCCUUUAUUUUCAUACGACAGAUGAUGAAAUGAAAGCGGAAAGAGAGGGGGAAUGACGUGCAGCAAAUGGCCAUAGGGCGGAGGCGAACCCGCAGAUGCUAUGUCGAGGGACAAACCUCCACACGUGUGCGCCCUCCCACCAGCAGGCCCCUAAAUGUGGGUGCCGGGUCACAAUGCUCCUCUGUGCCCCCUGACGUAUGGCAUCCUGGCACUGAUGUGGCCCUGGAAAAUUCUCAGGGUGAAUACCCGUGCCAAAAGCCUUCAAACCUUCCAAAUCCUAGGGAUGGCAUCCUCUGGGUCUCACGCUUGAGUGUCUGGGACUCAGCUUGCAACACACUGAAAGAGAGACAGCUCGAAGAUUACAGGUAUUUAUACAACCACUGCCCGGGCCCAGACUGGAACGUUAUGUGCAGAGGCUGCUGCGAGUAUGAUGUGAUCCGCUGCAAAUGCCCCCUACAGGGGACUCCAGUGGGCUAUGCGGUGCCGUGCUGCCGCAACGCCAUAAAUGAGUGUGACCCCUGCAUCAUCCAUCCAGGUUGCAGUAUAUUUGAAAACUGUAAGCGCUGUAACAAUGGGACAUGGGGCCCCAGGGAUGACUUCUUCAUUACUGGCAAAUACUGCGCUGAGUGUCGGCCUGGCUGGUCUGGUGGAGAUUGCAUGAAAUGUGGGGGAGUGAUCCAUAAACAGCAGGGCCACUUGGUGCUCGAGAGCUACCCCAACAAUGCUCGGUGUGAGUGGACCAUCCAGGUGGACCGUCCCUUUACUAUAGAGCUCCGGUUCAUGAUGAUGAGUCUGGAGUUUCACCAUUCUUGUCGUUAUGACUUUGUGGAGGUCCGAGAUGGCGAUAGCAUCAAUUCGCGUGUUAUCGCUCGAUUCUGUGGGAACAACAGACCCGCACCGGUUCAAAGCUCUGGCAACAGUUUGCACAUACUCUUUGUGUCUGAUGGUUACAAGAAUUUUGAUGGAUUCUUUGCCACUUUCCAGGAGAGCUCAGCUUGCAGCUCUUCUCCUUGCCUGCAUGAUGGGACUUGUAUCCUGGACAGUUCUUACACUUACCACUGUGCCUGUUUGGCUGGCUACACAGGCCAGAGGUGUGAAAAUGUGGUGGGAUGCCGCAGGCCUCCAGUGCCCACCCAUGGAUCCACAGAGGGUUUGUUUCAUCACUCGGGGGCACGCAUCACUUUCCGUUGUGACCCUGGCUUUGAGCUGCAGGGGUUUCGUACUGCCAUCUGCCUGAGGGAUGGAACCUGGAGUGCGCCUGCCCCAGAGUGUGUGCCAGUGGAAAGAGUCUGUACUUUACCACCCAAGCCAACACACGGGAACCACUUCCUGGUUUAUGGACCCAACGAUGUCCUCAUUGCUCUACAGUACCUGUGCUACCAGCCCUAUGAGCUCAGUGGGAUCUCCCAGAGAGCCUGCCUCCCUAACAACACCUGGAGUGGGACCCCUCCUGUUUGCACCCAAGUGAAUAACACUCUCACUGAAGCGGAAAAGGACAAAGGCAAGGCAAAAGAGACAGAAAAAGGCAAAGAAACAGAUAGUGACACAGAUAGCAGCAAAACUAAAGCGAAAGGUCAAGAGAACACAACUGGAGUAAACGAAAGUGUUGGAGGGAGAGAUAUAAACACUGGGCACGAGAAUACAACAGCAGUUGACAGAGAAAAUAAAUACACUGGCACCAUUCCAGAGAAAACUGCGUCUGAGGGUAGGAAUGAAGGAGAGCUAGAGGAAAGAAAUUCUGGGUCAGAGAAACCCACUGGAGGCAGCAAAGAUAAAGUGGAUCGUGAAGGCCCAGACAACAGCCUGCAUCAGAAAGAACCUGAAGUAGGAAAACCACCUGAGAGAAAAGAAGGCAGCCCGGACACAUACGUGGAGACAGAAAAGACAGAUGUAACGGGAGUAGUUGUGAUAAAAGACAAAGGGCAAGAAGAGAAGGAAAGAAAAGAGGAGCAGGUGAAUGGGAAAAGAGAUCCUGACAAAGUCGGCCCUAAUGAUACCAAGAUGAGAAAGGUCAUAGCUGAGGGGGAAAACACAGUGGAGAUAUUUGAACUGGAAAUGACAAAGAACAACACAAUUAUACAUGACACAAAGGACAAAAAGAAAGAAAAUAGUACCAUAAGCUCUCUAGAGCCGGGGAGAAAAAUCCUUCCCACUAGAGUCAACAUUACACAGUACACAAUGUAUAGAGCGGGAGGUGAGGAGCAACCGGGGGGGAAACCAACACUUAAAGAGGAUGAGACAGAGAAGGAUUCUGCUGAGAAAACAAAGAAGACGUUGGAAAAGGAGAGGAAGGAAAAAGAAAAGGAGAAAGAAGUCAAUCAAAGCUUUACCGAAAAAAGCUGCCCACCUCUCUCCCGCCUCUACCAUGGCUACUACCAGCUGCUGUCGGGGGUGGAGCCUGAAACAGUGGAGUUCUUCUGUAACCACUCCUACGCUCUCAGUGGCGAUGCUCGACGUACCUGCCUGCCAAACGGUACAUGGAGUGGAAAACAACCCCUCUGUGUCAGAGCGUGUCGGGAGCCCAAAGUGUCAGAGCUGGUUAGGCAAAGAGUUUUGCCACCUCAGGUGCCAUCCAGAAAGACUCCUGUACACAAGCUCUACUCUUCUGGGGUGGGCCGACUGCUCCAGUCUGACGGCCCCACUAAAGGGCCUUCAGUUUUUCCCCAGUUGCCCCAGGGCUUCCACCACCUUUACUCACAUAUAGAGUACGAGUGUGCGUCUCCUUUCUACCACCACUCUGGCAGUUCUCACCGCACUUGCUUGAAGACUGGGAAAUGGAGCGGGCGUCAUGUGUCCUGUUCGCCAGUGUGUGGGAAGUAUCCAACCUUUGACCCAGAAAGGCCAGCAGAGGCUCACUGGCCUUGGCUGGCAGCCAUCUAUCGCCGCUCCACCAACGGAGCUGAGACCAAGGUGACCAAGGCAGACAGCCAGGCGGGGUCCCUGAAGGGGGACGUUGGAGCAGGAUCUAGCAACCACAAUGCGGCUUCUGACUGGCAGCUGGUGUGCAGUGGGGCUCUGGUGAACCAAAAGAGGGUGGUGGUUGCAGCCCACUGCGUGACAGAGCUGGGGAAGGUGUAUCCUCUGGAUGCAGCCAAGAUCAAGGUGGUGGUAGGGAAGCAGUACCGGGACGACCACAGGGAAAGUAAAGGUCUUCAACACCUGAGGGUGGCCUCUAUUGUUGUUCAUCCAAACUACGACCCACAUAUUCUUGACUCUGACAUUGCCGUGGUUAAGUUACUGGACAAAGCAAGGAUCGGGGAGAAGGUACUGCCCCUCUGCCUCUCAGACAGCCAGGGAGAAGAGGUGAGCUCUGGGCAGGGGCUUGUGACAGGCUGGUCUCCACUGCCUGAUUCAAGUUUAGGCCUGGAUGAGAGGGCAAGGGUGGGACUCGUUCACCUCGCCGAUGUGGUCCCCUGUGAGCAGCAGUAUGCUCGUAGCGGCGUGCCAGUCAGCGUCACAGACAAUAUGCUCUGUGCCAGCCAGAAGCCUGACUAUGAACCCUCUAACAUAUGUCCCUCUGACACGGGGGGAAUCCUUGUCCUCCCCGCCCUCUCUGAGGACCAGGCUAGCAACAACCAGAAGCCCUCUCUUAGCUUCACACAGAUGCAGGGAGAGAGCAAAGGGCUAUGGAGACUCCUGGGACUGGUGAGCUUUGGCUAUGACCAAGGGGAGUGUGAUCCUGACCUGUACACAGUCUACACACGUGUAGCCAACUUCAAAGACUGGAUAGAGAGCAAUAUGAAAUAAAACUCCUACUGUCUAUCUCACUUUGUCCCCUCUUAACAUAUUUAAAUGGCUUCAUAUCUUGGAACAUUAAUAUAUGAAGCUAUUUAAAUAUGUCCCCUUAUGUUUGUCUGUUUUUCUUUUCUUUUUUUCUUUCACAAGGACAUUUUCUCCUCAUUAUCUACUCAUUGCAGAAGCAGUGGAAACACUGGACAACACAGUCCUCUAACUGAAGGGGGUGCUAACACAUUAGAUGUGCUGGGUAUGGACCUUUUCAUCAGAAAACUUCAGUAAUCAGGUCCCUCAGCCUGACGUUACAGACUUGAAAAUGAGCAGAAAACCAUUUCACGCCUUUGGCAGAUGGCGGUUUGUAUUGUACUCAUUGGUAUGUAUAUAUUAUGUUGUAAUGUACUGAAUUAUUCUAUCAAUUCAUAUGACGCAAGAGAUGUACAUAUUGUAUCCAAAGACAGAAAACCGUGACGUUUUUAAUGAAAGAAAAAGUGGGGUGUGGUAAA